AAGCUUCUUUCUGCUCUCCUACUCAGGCAGGAGUGAGAGGCCCCUUGAGUCGCUGGCCUGGGAGCUUUGGAGCAUCAACGGUAAUCAUGACCCCCCUGCUUCUGCUGUGUGUGUCCUUGCCCCUCAUCUCGGCAACAGUAUUGUUUGAGCUUGAAAACCAUGACGAAUUGGAUGGCACUCUGCGUGUCAGCAUCCCUAUGGAGAUGCCUCUCCGUCCUCUGCUGGGCAGCAAGGUAGUGGUGCCCUGUUACUUCCAGGACAACACAGUCAAUGACCCCGGAGCCCCGACCCUCGCCCCGCUCUCCCACCGCAUCAAAUGGACAUACGUCACCAAGGAGAAAGUCACCACGAUCCUGGUGGCGUCUGAGGGAAAAGUUCAAGUGGAGACAGAGUAUUUGGACAGAGUGACGAUGAUCAACUACCCGCUGGUGUCCACUGACGCCACCUUGGAGAUAACAGAACUGAGGUCCAAAGAUUCUGGCACCUACCGCUGCGAGGUGAUGCAUGGCAUUGAGGACAACUAUGACUCUGUGGACAUCCGGGUUCAGGGUAUUGUGUUCCACUACCGAGCCAUCUCCACCCGCUACACCCUGACGUUUGAGAAGGCGAAGGCAGCCUGCAUCCAGAACAGUGCAACCAUCGCCACUGCAGCCCAGCUGCAGGCCGCUUACGAUGACGGAUACCAUCAGUGCGAUGCCGGAUGGCUCUCUGACCAGACUGUCAGGUACCCCAUCCAUGAGCCGCGGGAGCGUUGCUUUGGAGACAAGGAGGACUUCCCCGGCGUGAGAACGUAUGGUGUGAGAGAUGUCAACGAGACCUACGACGUGUACUGUUUUGCUGAGAAGCUGUCAGGCAGGGUCUUCUACUCCAUGUCUGUAGAGAAGUUUAGCUUCUACGAAGCAGGAGAUCAGUGUGCCAAACUCGGUGCCAGACUUGCCACCACCGGGGAGCUUUACCUGGCCUGGAAGGGUGGCAUGGAUGUGUGUAACGCUGGCUGGCUGGCGGACAGGAGUGUACGCUACCCCAUCAACAUCGCCAGGCCUCAGUGUGGAGGGGGGCUCAUCGGAGUGAGAACCGUCUACCUGUUCCCCAACCAGACAGGAUACCCCUACCCUGACUCUCACUACGAUGCUGUCUGCUUCCAAGCUGGUGAGGAUGUCGGUGUCGUGCCCGUCAGGACUCCAUCUUUCCCAGACAUCAUCCACAUGACAACCGCCCCUGGGAUGUACCCGAGUCUCACCCCCUCACCUGCGGGAGAGGAGAUCAAGCGUAGAGAAGUCGACACCUUCACCCCACUGCCUGCCCCGCCCAGUGUGACAGACGUAGAUGCUGCCAUGGCUCCCACAGGUGUGGUGUUCCACUACCGACCCAUCACCGGUCGGUACACUCUGACCUUUGUGGAGGCUCAGCAGGCCUGCCAGAGUGUCGGGGCGGUCAUCGCCAGCCACCUGCAGCUGCAGGCAGCCUUCGAGAAAGGCCUGCACCAAUGUGAUGCUGGCUGGCUCCGCGACCAGACUGUCAGGUACCCCAUCGUGUCACCCAGAGAUAACUGUGCUGGUAAUCUGCCACACCUCCCAGGAGUCAGAUCCUACGGCCUGAGACCAGCUAGCGAACAUUACGAUGUAUUUUGUUAUGUGGAACGUCUGCAAGGUGAGGUCUUCUUCACCAGUGACUAUGACAGCUUCUCCUAUGAGGAAGCUGUGCAGCACUGUCAGAAACUCAACACCACCUUGGCCACCACUGGGCAGCUGUUUGCUGCCUGGAACCAAGGGCUUGACAAGUGCCGUCCAGGCUGGUUGAUGGACCGCAGUGUCCGCUACCCCAUCACAACCCCCAGGUCCCACUGUGGAGGCGGUCAGGUCGGGGUCCACAUUAUCUACGCCUUCCCCAACCAGACAGGAUUUCCUGAUGAGCACUCACGCUACGACGCCUACUGUUUUAAAGGUAGUGAAGCUGAAGUUUUUCACUUUGAAAAUGAAACCAGUGUGAAUCUGACAAUCGUGACGGUGGAUGUCAUCAACAAGAUAACAGUCACAGUUGAUUACUUUGCUCCCACAGUUGAAACUACUGGAGAAUACAAUGAAACUGAAACCCAUGUAAAUAUUACUGAAAUCGAGGAGUUUAUCAACAAGACAACCAUGACAACUCAGCAAGUUGCUCUAACUGUGAAAGCCAUUUUACCUCCAGGCCCUGUUGAUGUGUCCGGCUCUGGUUCAGCUGAUCAUUCAGCCAGCGGGGAGAUCUCAGGGGAGUCCGGGACCUCCGGUACCAGUGGUGACGCCUCCGGCUCGGGACAGAACGUCAUCUUCAGCGGAAGCACGGACGUCUUCUCCGGAGAUCAGUCCGCCUCUGGAGGCCCGCAGGAGGCGGAAGGGGGAAGUGCUGUCAUCGUCACAUCUGGCGAACUGGGUAGUGCAUCUGGAUCUGGGGACGGGUUUGACACUCAACACUCUGGCUUCAGUGUAUCUGGAUCAGGUUUUAUCAGUGGAAGUGGGGACAUCAGUGGUAGUGGCGGAGACUCUAUAAUCAUCAUGGUGGAUGGGAAGAUGGAGGAGGUGUCGAAGACUCACCAAAAACCCACUGAGCAGGAGUUAGGCCAGGGAGGCAUUGAUACCAGCGGGUCUUUCUUGGAAUCAAGUACCUCCGGAUCUGGACGUAUGUCCGGGUCGGGCUCCGGUGAAUUUUCUGGCAUCUCAUUUGUUGACCACAGUGCCGUUGACCUGACAGUCCAGCCGUCUGGUGAGCAGGAGGUGUCUGGAUAUCACCCCUUUGGAUCCGGGUUCCACAGCGGCUUUCCAAGUGGUUUUCCAUCUGGUUUUCCAUCUGGUGUCUCAGGCUCUGCCUCUGGGGACUUUAUCCUGCAUCGCGGUGAUGUCAGCUCCCUAACAUACAAUGAAAUGAUGGUGGUGACCUUCCCACCACCGAUGCGCUACCCUGAGCAGGGCCGUGGGGUGGUGGAGGUCAGUGGGGAAGGAAGUGGGUCAGGGAUCCAUCAUGAAUUCAGUGGCACUUUGGACCAAAGCUUGCAUUUCUCAGGAAGCGGAGCCCCUGAUAAAAAAACGAACGCUGAGAAGCUUUCUGUCACCUUACCGCCGGGAUCGAAGGUGACUUACACUGAGUACAUUGCCAGUCUCGGCCAAUCAGGACUCGGGGAGGAGGGUCAGGAAAGCCGUGCUGGACCUACAGUGUAUGUAGUGACUCCAGAUGCAGCCUACACCAGCCCAACCACAGCACCGUCAGUGUCAUUAGCAACCCCUGCUGUAGUGGAGCAGCCUGAAGUAGUGGAAGCAAUUGUCGACCCCUGUGAUCCAAACCCCUGCGGUUCAGGAUCCUGCUCUGUGCAGGAGGAGCUCGCUAUGUGUCAGUGUCCUCCUGGUUUCACUGGUAAAGACUGCUCAACACCUGUGCAGGGCUGUGCUGAGGGCUGGUUGGAGUUCAUGGGCAGCUGUUACCUCCACUUUGCUGAGAGAGAUACCUGGUCUGAGGCUGAGCAACGCUGUCAGGAGGUCAACGCCCACCUGGUUAGCAUUGGCUCCCAGGAGGAGCAGCAGUUUGUCAACUCCAAUGGCCAGGACUACCAGUGGAUUGGACUCAAUGACAAAGAUGUGCAAAAUGAGUUCCGCUGGACAGACAGCAGUCCUCUAACAUUCGAGAACUGGAGGCCCAACCAGCCAGAUAACUACUUCAACUCUGAGGAGGAUUGUGUGGUGAUGAUCUGGCACGAGGGCGGACAGUGGAAUGACGUGCCCUGCAACUACCACCUUCCCUUCACCUGCAAGACCGGACCUGCCAUGUGCGGAGCUCCUCCUGAGGUGCAGCACGGGCGGCCGAUGGGCAGCGGCAGAGAGCGCUACCCCGCCAACUCUAUAGUCCGCUACCAGUGUGACGCAGGCUACACGCAGCGCCACCUGCCCGUCAUACGCUGCAUGCCAGACGGACAGUGGGAGGAGCCACAAGUGGAAUGUACAGAAGCUGGCGCCAACAGUAACCGGCUACACAAAAGAUCCCUCAGGAGAAGAAGUAAAGGAGUCAGCAGCCAACAGGAACAGAGGAAGCUGCACUGAGCAGGAAUGAAAAGGACAUAGAACAGAGAGCCACAAAGGACCCCCUCUUGUAACGAAGCAUGGACACCAAUGCAAAUGACGGACCAAAAAGAUAAUAUUCCCCACCAUGUAUUUACACACACACACACACACACACACACACACUAAAGCACAUUUAGACAGUGAUAGUGUAAUUGACUGAUGAUUUGGAUCUUUGAGUGUCACCCUGCACCUUCUGAAGGCAGUUUUUUCUAUGUAUUUAUACUGUCUAAUUUAUAGCCGUGAUCUAGUAUUGGGGAGCAUUAUCUCAUUGCACAUUUUUCUGCAAUCGGUUGCCAGCACUGCACACAAAGUAAGGUAGAUGAAAUAGUAAGAGGCUUUAGAGUGACACACACACAGUCCAAAUCAGCCCAAUAAAAUAAAAGUGUUUUCGAUUGCAGCUGGAUUCUCUGAAGUCAAACACAUUGUCACGCAAACUUUUGCUAUAUUUGUAGGGUGUAGGGUGUUUCUCAGUAGUUUUUAUUACUUUUAUUCGGUCUCUAAGGACUUUAUUUGUGUGCUUCAGCCUGGCGAGACAAAACUGUUUCUUACGGUGAAGGCGGAGACAGUGAUUCUCAAACCGUUUUGGUUGUGACCCCUUAAAAUACAGCAAUGAGCACCUCUUAACCUACAAUACGGAGAAUGAAGUCAGGUUUUGUAAGGGGGAAAAACCUGCCGAUACAUUGGUGAAAUGUAUCGCCAUAUUUCAAGACCCCAAAUAAUCUUGUCACAACCUCAAGCUUGAGAGCCACUGUGCAGCAACACCGCGGCAGUAUCAGAAAUACUGAAAUGAUUGUGCUGUUCCAAUCGAUGAUGAAUAUAGAAAUCCAAGUUCAAGAUGUGAUUAAAGUCAGUGCAACAGACCUGGAUUGAAAUAAUCAGCACUCAUGCACUUUUGGGAGUCUUCAGUCACUUCUGUGCUAAUCAUUUGAAUCCAGUGCACCGUAAACAUGAAAAAAGAAACAAUCCUCAUCUGUAGCUGGCACAUGCCAAUCAACCCGUACUGAGAAACAAGUCAGAUCUACAGUUUGAUGCUGAAGUUGCUGGCUUUUCUGCCACACCCAGUUUUGCAGGUUAGGGUUUGUGACUUCUCAAGAGCAAUCAACGGUGUCUGUCAGCAAGAAUCAUGCUUUUAUGAGAUUCAGUGUUUGCUAAAUGAAUGAAGUUUCUCACUGUAAAUAUUCUCUCUACAAUUCUCUGAACAGCAGGAUCUGUCAAUAACCAACGCAGAGACGGACAAUUUAAUUGUUUGUUUGAUUAAUUCAUCAUCCACCCUGUUGAUUUGUUGGUUUAAUUCAAUGGUAGGUUACAGUUAUGAGUUACUUAUGUGAUUUUGAGCCUCAAACAACUUUGUGGAGGUUUCUGGUGUGUGUUUCAUGCAAUAGGGUUUUAUCAACAGAAAUGUACUUCUUAAAACUUGAGAAAUUAUACAAUUUUAGGGAAUAGAAGCUGUGAGAGCAGUAGAAAUUAUUAUAAACAUGACGAGAAAGACGAUAGAGAAGGUGGAGGUGGCGGAUACGAAAUGUUGACCAUGACCUUUUAAAAAGGUCAAGAUUUGCUUUUCAACUCUGAGAGCAGAUACAGUACUUUAGUCCGUAUCUGAUUUCUCACAGAACAACUCAUAAACACUAAAAGAGUUACCACACACACACACACAGUCAAACUGGUACUAUCAUGGACACGCACACACAAUUCAGAGAACACGCUACAGAAUAUGAAAGUGGAUGAGUGAGCGCCACAAAGUGAAACACCUAGCUUGUUCAAAGUUUGCACAUUUUGUACACACAACAGAUAUCAACAAAUUCGACUUGGAUGCUCCUGGUGUGUGCUGGAAUUAUUUUACUAUCACAUUAGAGCGUAAGCUCAAAUUUCAACAGGAGGCCAACAUUUGAGAGAUUAUGUGGCGGACAGUUGAGGCAAAUCAGUGAGGCUGUGUAUCAGUGUUUUGAUUCUUCAAUAAACCGAAUCAUCUCUUGACAAAUAAACCAAAAUAUG